AUGAUCUGUAGUAGACUCUCGGAAGUUCUUCCUCAUCUGAUAAGUCAAAAUCAAGGUGCCUUUGUUAAAGGGGGAUCUCUAGCUCAUAAUAUUCUCAUAUUUCAAGAUUUGAUCAAGAACUACAAUAGAAGAAAUUCUUCCCUGAGGUGUGCUUUGAAGAUUGACUUGAGUAAGGCCUAUGACACAAUAGACUGGGGUUUUCGGGGAGUUAAGGGUCUUCGCCAAGGGGACCCUAUUUCACCAUUACUAUUUGUCUUGAUUAUGGAAUAUCUUACGUGGUUGCUUCAACUUGGGGCUCAGCAAAAAGAGUUCAGAUAUCACCCUAUGCGCAAAAGCCUUAAGAUCAUUAACCUCUGCUUUGCUGAUGACUUAGUGAUCUUUUGCAAAGCUAAUAGCGGCUCAUCCCAGGUGGUUAAACAAGUUUUUGAGGAAAUCUGUAACAGUACAAGUCUGAAGGCUAAUAUCAGUAAAUCUCAUGUGUUUUUUGGAGGGGUUUCGACUGCUGUUAAGGACCAGCUACUUCAGAUAUUGCAGCUUGAAGAGGGAACUUUUCCUCUUAAGUAUCUGGGGAUUCUUAUGAGGCCAACAAAAUGGAAAAUGACAGAUUGUGGUGAGAUUCUUAACAAAAUUAAGCUUAGGCUUCAUACCUGGGCUAGCAGACAUCUAUCAUAUGCAGGGCGGACUCAACUGAUCACAUCUGUUCUUUUGGGAUCGCGAAAUUAUUGGAUGAACAUCUUCUUGCUCCCUCAAAGCAUUGUCAAAGAGGUAGAUAAACUUUGCUUGUGGUUUCUGUGGGGCAACAAUGGUACCAGGAGUAAUUUUCAUCUCACCCCUUGGUCCACUGUCUGUUUGCUGAAAAUAUUUGGAGGUUUGGGUUUCGGUGAAGGAACUAAGUGGAGCAAGGCAAUGCUAUCCAAAUAUAUCUGGGCUAUUAGUCAUCAACCAGAGACCCUUUGGGUGAAAUGGGUCAACAUAGUGUACUUAAAAGGUCAAAGUUUCUGGCAGUACCAACUUAAGGCGGAUUCAAGUUGGUAUUGGUGA